GUAGGUUGCGUAGAGACGAUCUUUAUCAACAAUAUGGCGGCAAAUUGAUCGCUGGUGUGUGGAGUGUUAGUCAUGAAGUCCAGCCAGUUGUUGAUCAGCCUUUAAACGAACAUCAAUAUGACACUGUAUAUGCCACCGAUUGCCCGAAAAAAGAGGGUGUCCGGGCAUUAUAAUCCUGAUUCAUUCCGCGUUAUAAGUGGAGAUGCUGAGGAACUGCACCCUAAAUUUACAACAACAUCAUCAGAAGCGGCAGAUUUUAGGAGAGAAACUCCAGCAGGUGGAUUGACACUUCCAAACAUUUAUAACAGACAGACUGAAGUUUUACCAAAGUCGGUACCUGAUUACAGGGUAAAUCGGCCACAUCCAGGCAGUUGUGGAUUUUUAAGACAUAAUGUCCGAGUUUUAAAUGAACCUGUCUGUAGUGUGUACACAGCUUCAUCACAUGAUGAACAGAAUCUAUGGUGGCCUUCUAGGACAUCAAAUGAACCUCUGAAUGUUCCUCCUAAAACUAAGGACACCGUAUACAGAGGAGACUACAUGCAGGAUGGUGACAGAAUACAAAGCAGUGGUUCAACGAGGCAUAGUGCAAAUCUUCACAGGGAACCUGCCCUGGGAACAGUACCUGUGAACUUCUUACCAGCCAGAGAUGAAAACAAACGAUUUUUCAAAGAGAAGAUCUCAUACGAACAUCAGUACAAUAGUCGUCUGGAACCCAACUAUCCAAUCAGAGCCAAGCGCCAUGGCAGCUUUGUGUGGGAACAAAUGUCCAAUGCUGAGUCACAACAUAUGAUUGACGAGCAGACGACACUGAACGAGUUGGAACGCAAGGAGAGCGCCCAGUCUCAAACCCAUCCCCGCCCAAUCAGUAAUACGACUAGUUCCUCAGCUCCGCCUCCUCGACCAACCCAACCAGAUCCACCUACUGAAGUCGUACCUGAAAAGAAAACUGUUACAUUCCAGUCUCCUAUAGACAAAGAAAAUGAAAAAGUUCAGAAAUAAUGACUGUUGUUUAUAUUAGAAGACACACAAAUUUCAUAUUUGAAUAGAAAAAAAAUUAGAUAAAAAAAGUAAACUUGUGAUAAAACCAGUUACUAGAAAAAUUAUGAUUUCAAUUUUAUAUUGAUAAUUGCACACUUGUCUUUAUGGCAUAAAAAUAAUACUUAGUCAUGCACAUAUAUUAAAUUCUACAUGUUUUAGUAAUAUCAUAAAAAGCUUUAGCACAUAGGUCAAGAUGGUUAUGUUAUGAAGUAGAGUAUUCACAAGGUUUUGGUAGAAAGAGAUACAACUUCAAUAUGCGAUGAAUGAAAUGUAUCAUAUUCAAGAAUUUUUCUAUUUUUUUUUUUUUGUCAUCUCAUCCUUAUUACAUCAUCUCACAUAAUCGGAUAUAACCAGAUAUUUUAAUGUUGAAACUCAUCCAGUUGUGGAAUCAUUCUCCUUGGUACUGACCGCCACCGUAACUUUUGAAGAUACUGGAUACCAAAUUUUAUAAAAUCAGUAUUUUAUUGUUGAAAAUAGAAAGCUGUUUAUAGCCUAAUAUAUAGGUCAUCAGUACCUAGAGUGGCAACAAGACCCUUAUCCAGAGAUCUUGACCAACAAACUUUAAACCUUGAAGCAAAUUUUUGUUUCUGGUAAUACUUCUUAAUUAUAUGACGUACAUGUUAGUCAUAUGCACUGUUAUAAUUAAAGCAUUUUGCAUGGUAUUAAUGAGACCAACCAGUAUUGAAGGAAUAAAGGGUGCCCAAAGACAUAAUAUAUGUAAAUUUACCCUGUUACAAGGUUGUUUAUGUACAUGGCAUAUUUUUUAUAUUCAGUAGUAUUCAGAUAUUUUCCUAUUUUUUACAAUUUUUCAUUAUCAUACAAGCUGUAAUUAUCUUCAUUCUCACAGAUUCCAAUACCCUAUAGAUUUUUUCCUGAAAAAAUAGGGCAUGCUGAAUAAAUAGAUAUUUUUAUAAUUUAUGGGCAAGAGAAUUGUUGAAAAUGAAGACUGUGACAGCAGCUAGUCCCGAAAUAUCGCUUUAUAUACCAGUCUGUGCCUUUCUCAGUCUUUUGUAAACUGUAUUUUAUAUAGCAUUUUUAUUUUGUUAUUCUUACAUACAUUUAAUUUUGUAUCAACUUUUGUUUUUAAUACUGAAUUUUAUUUUUCUUAAAUAUGUAUAUGUGAGCACCUCCCCUGUGAUAACCGUCUGCUACUGUAUGUGAUGUAGCGUUAGAGUUUGUUUUGCGUUCAAUAUACCUGUUGUAAUCAGGGCUUUCAAUCUGACUGCAUAUAGUUCACCUGUUAAUAUUUUUAUAAUAAAUUCAUUAACAUUUCUAUGAAAUAGA